AUGCCCAACAUCAGAAAGUAUCGACGCGACACAACCGAAGUCAGCUGUUGCCUUAAAUAUGUUAUUUUCGGUGUAAAUGUCCUGUUUUGGUUUAUAGGACUUAUCAUAUUAGCUAUUGGCAUUUGGGCAUGGACUGAAAAAGACACAUUCAGUAAUCUAUCGAGACUCACCAACAUUGCUCUGGAUCCUGCUUUUAUAUUUAUAUGUGGUGGGACAAUUACGUUCAUUAUUGGCUUUACGGGCUGCGUCGGCGCAUUGCGUGAGAACACUUGCCUAUUAGCUUGUUAUGCCGUUUUCCUCGCAUUGCUUCUUUUGGCAGAGAUGACAGCUGGAAUACUUUUCUUUGUAUUCAAAGACUGGAUUAAAACACAAGCCACAACUGGCUUCCAAUCGUUCAUCACACAUUAUAGGGAGGAUCCCGAUCAACAAAACUUAAUAGACUGGAUUCAAGAAGAAUGGCUUCAAUGUUGUGGAGUAGAAGGCCCGCGUGAUUGGGACAGAAACGCCUAUUUUAAUUGCUCCAGCGGCGUGGUAGGUUCUCGUGAAGCUUGCGGUGUCCCGUUUAGUUGCUGUCGCACUAAACCUCAGGAUAUCAUACGUAAUAAGCAGUGUGGAUAUGACGUUAGGAAGCCAACCUAUAAUUUUGACAUAGCUAAGAUAAUAUAUGACAAGGGCUGUUUAGAGGCCGCUGAAGAGUGGUUCGAUCACAAUCUCUUGGUAGUUGCCACAUCCGCUGUUUGUACUGCUUUUGCACAAAUCCUGGGAAUCUGUUUUGCUCAAAACCUCCGCGCUGACAUAUUCGCGCAGAAGUCGAAGUGGCACUGA